GCUCAUCCCGGCGCCAUGGCGGAGCGAUCCGCUGAGGCGGCACCGGCCCCCGCCUCCCCGGUACCGGUACCGACACCUACACCGGUACCGGCUCCGGCCCCCGCCACCCUGCCACUGCAGGCACCUCCCGGCGGCUCGCAGCGCCUCCUCUUCUCCCACGACCUGGUGUCGGGUCGUUACCGCGGCUCGGUGAGGUUCGGCCUGGUGCGCCUCAUCCACGGAGAGGAUUCGGACUCGGAAGAGGAGGACGGCGGAGGAGGAGGAGGCGGUGGUGGAGGAGGAGGAGGAGGACGCGGAACCGGCGGUGGUGCCGCCAGCUCGGGAGGUUCCGAGUCCGGAGGCCCCGGUACCGGUGGGGCGGAGGAGGGCCGCUCCAGCCCGCUGCGGCGGGGCUACGUGCGGGUGCAGUGGUACCCGGAGGGCAUCAAGCAGCACGUCAAGGAGACCAAGCUGAAGCUUGAAGAUCGCUCUGUGGUCCCUCGAGAUGUGGUCAGACAUAUGAGCUCCAGUGACAGCCAAUGUGGGACUGUAAUUGAUGUCAACAUCGAGUGUGCUGUGAAGCUGGUAGGGACCAACUGCAUCCUCUACCCUGUCAACAGCAAAGACCUGCAACAUAUCUGGCCUUUCAUGUAUGGGGACUACAUAGCCUAUGACUGCUGGCUGGGCAAGGUCUAUGAUUUGAAGAACCAAGUCAUCCUCAAGCUUUCCAAUGGAGCCAGGUGUUCUAUGAGCACAGAAGAUGGAGCCAAACUCUAUGAUGUGUGUCCUCACGUCAGUGACUCGGGUCUCUUCUUUGAUGAUUCAUAUGGCUUUUAUCCUGGGCAAGUCCUCAUUGGGCCUUCCAAAGUCUUCUCCAGUGUCCAGUGGCUCUCGGGUGUGAAGCCUGUUCUGAGCACAAAGAGCAAGUUCAGAGUGGUGGUGGAAGAGGUACAGGUGGUAGAACUAAAGGUUACUUGGAUCACUAAAAGCUUCUGUCCUGGAGGUACUGACAGUGUGAGUCCUCCUCCCUCAAUAAUCAGCCAGGAGAAGCUGUCCAGGGUAAAACGUCUGGGGUGCUUUGAUCAUGCCCAAAGGCAGCUGGGGGAAAGGUGCCUCUAUGUAUUCCCAGACAAAGUAGAACCUGCAAAAAUCACCUGUGAAUGCCCUGAGAGAAACUGUGUCCUGGGUGAAGGAUCAGUUGCUAAAAAGGUGAGGCGGCUGCUGAAGAAGCAGAUAGUGAAGAUCAUGUCAUGCUCCCCAGAGUCUCAGGGUACCACUGAAGUUCCUGACAAAGAAUCUGCUGCAGCUGCUGACCAAAAAUCAGAAGAGCUUAAGCCUGGAUUGAAGUGUGAGCUGGAUGACUCUUCCACCAGUGCAUCGAGUCCUGGGGAGAGAAAGGAGGAGCAGGCUGAAGAAAUGGAGAAGGAGAAAGGGGCAGCAGCACAGCAGCAGCAGCAGCCUCCCCCCUUUCUGCUGAAGGAUGAAGGCUCAUCUGACUACAGGCUUCAGUCCAUGGAGCAAGAUGCUGAUGAUGAGGCAGCUGAUGACACUGAUGACACCAGCUCUGUCACCUCCUCUGCUAGCUCCACGGCCUCGUCCCAGAGUGGCAGCGGCACUGGCCGGAAGAAGAGCAUCCCCCUUUCCAUCAAGAACCUGAAGAGGAAGCACAAGAAGAAGAAGACCAAGAUUUCACGAGAGUUUAAGCCAGGAGACAGGGUGGCUGUAGAAGUGGUGACCACGAUGACUUCAGCUGAUGUGAUGUGGCAGGAUGGCACCGUGGAGACAAACAUCCGCUCCAACGAGCUGAUCCCAGUCCAUCAUCUGGACAACAAUGAGUUCUGCCCUGGGGAUUUUGUGGUGGACAAAAGAGCUCAGAGCUCCCAAGACCCUGGGUUAUAUGGAGUUGUGCAGUCUGGUGACCAUAUUGGCCGUACCUGUGUGGUGAAGUGGUUCAAGUUGAAAUCCAGUGGAGAUGAUGUGGAGCUGAUCGGGGAGGAGGAGGAUGUCAGUGUCUAUGACAUUGCAGAUCACCCCGACUUCCGCUUCCGCACCACGGACAUCGUCAUCCGCAUCGGCAACUCCGACGGAGCCACGGCCAAGGAAGAUGAGCCCUCAGUCGGACAAGUGGCUCGUGUAGAUGUCAGCAGCAAAGUGGAGGUGGUGUGGGCUGAUAACUCCAAGACUAUCAUCCUGCCUCAGCACUUAUACAAUAUUGAAUCAGAAAUUGAGGAGUCAGACUAUGAUUCUGUUGACGGCAGCACCAGCGGGGCAUCCUCUGAGUGGGAGGAUGAAAGUGACAGCUGGGAGACAGACAAUGGCCUCAUGGAAGAUGACCACCCAAAAAUUGAGGAUUUAGAGCCUGAGGAGCCAGCAGCAGAGGAAGUGAAAAAAGUAGAGGAACAAGUCCAGGGGGCUGUGGCUAUGGCAGUUGCAGAUCUUGCUGCAGAGAAAGCUGGCAAGGAUGGAGCUCCAAAGAGCUUCCGGGAGCUAAAGGAGGCCAUCAAGAUCUUGGAAAGCCUGAAAAAUAUGACUGUGGAGCAGCUGCUGACUGGCUCUCCCACCUCCCCAACUGUGGAGCUGGAAAAACCCACUCGGGAGAAGAAGUUCUUGGAUGAUAUUAAAAAGCUGCAGGAAAAUCUAAAGAAGACCUUGGAUAAUGUGGCUAUUGCAGAGGAGGAAAAGAUGGAAGCCAUGGUAGAGACAGAGAAGAAGGAAGAAAAAGCAGAGGCACAGACACCAGUGAGGUCUGAGUGGCCCAGUGAGACACCAGUGCUCUGCCAGCAGAGUGGGGGCAAGCCUGGAGUCACCUUCACCAGUGCCAAAGGAGAAGUUUUCUCUGUGUUGGAGUAUGCUCCAGAUAGCCAUGCCUUCAAGAAAAUGGAGUUCCAGCCCCCAGAAGCCAAGAAGUUCUUUAGCACUGUGCGGAAGGAGAUGGCUCUCCUGGCCACCUCCCUGCCUGAUGGCAUCAUGGUUAAAACCUUUGAGGAUCGAAUGGAUCUCUUCUCAGCACUUAUCAAAGGGCCCACUCGCACACCCUAUGAAGAUGGCCUCUUUCUCUUUGAUAUCCAACUCCCCAACAUCUACCCUGCUGUCCCACCUCUCUUCCGCUACCUCUCCCAGUGCAGUGGGAGACUGAAUCCCAACCUGUACGACAAUGGCAAAGUGUGUGUCAGCCUCCUGGGGACAUGGAUAGGCAAGGGGACAGAAAGGUGGACCAGUAAAUCCAGCCUCCUCCAAGUACUCAUCUCUAUCCAAGGUCUCAUCCUUGUGAAUGAGCCCUACUACAACGAGGCAGGCUUUGACAGCGACCGAGGCCUCCAGGAGGGUUAUGAGAACAGUCGCUGCUACAACGAGAUGACCCUGAUCCGGGUGGUGCAGUCCAUGAUGCAGCUGCUCCGCAGGCCCGUGGAAGUCUUCGAGCACGAAAUCCGCGAGCACUUCCGCUGCAGCGGCUGGCGCCUGGUGUCCCGCAUCGAGUCCUGGCUGGAGACCAACGAGCUGGUGGAACGGAGCCACCACCAGGCCAACGGGGCAGACUCUGCCUCCCUCCCCUCAGCCUGCAGCACCCUGGCCGAGAGCCCCGGGGAAGCGGCGGGCUCGCCGGGGGGGUACGGCAGCAGCUCGGAGCAGGGGGCGGCCGCGGAGCUUUCCGACUCGGCGCUGGAUGGGAAGGAGGAGCAGGACGAGUCGGAGUUCAGCACCUCAGCACCCAACGCCGGGGAUCUCCAACAGUACUCAGACUCGGAGAGCACGGGCCAAGCCAGGGGGUCAGACCUGGCCAGAGACCGAACGGACGAAGGGAAGGCUGCCCAGGACUCUGCCUCCCAGCCGAGUGUGAAACCAAAGAAGCGGAGAAAGAGCUACAGGAGUUUCCUUCCGGAGAAGAGUGGUUACCCUGAUAUUGGGUUCCCUCUCUUCCCUUUGUCCAAGGGGUUCAUCAAAAGCAUCCGUGGUGUCUUGCAGCAGUACCGGGCUGCCUUAGCAGGGGCCAAUAUCCCGGAGUGGACAGAGGACAAAUAAACCAUCGUGUUAGGGACAGGCAGGUGCAGGAGAGAAGGGAAAGCAGCAGAAAGGAAAUUGGCAAACUCUGUUACCAGUAAACUGGCUUCUCCUUCCAGCUUUUCUUCCUCAGCUUGGUUUGUUCCAAAGAAGGUGGUAGGCCUGAUUGCUCCUCCCGGGAAAGGUUGUCUAAGCAUGAAUAACUCUUUGCCCCCAGCCCUUCUUCCUUCCCCCUGUCCCAUGUCCGUGCUCCUCUUGCGAGUUUGACCCCGCAAUGGUAAGAUUUGAGACCUGCACAGAAGCAGUCUUGCAGCCACAUUCCCUCUGCACUUUCAUCUUGGGGCACCUUUCCACACAAGACUCUUCCCACCCAGUGCUACACCCAGCAGUUUGUUCUGGUGGGGUUCAAGCCAGGAGAAGUGAUCACUGUAGUAUCAGGAAGUGGAGGGCAAUGUCCUCCCAGUCCUUCAUUUUUCUCGGCAUUACCAUGGGUUUUAUGGAGUCUACCCCACCUUAUAUGUACUUAGACAUUGGACUGUGUUUGCAUUGAAGUUGUCUACACCCUACAGAGUUGAUCUUGUCUUUAGUUGUUCACUGACAGCUACGAGGUUCUUCCCAUCAGGACUUGGCUUGGCAGAGCCAGAGCUCAGCUCUAGCACUUGUGCUGCUCUGAUAGUGCUGAGGGGUUUCCAUCCACUUCUGCACCUUCUGGUCAGUCUUCUGGAAGCAGUUCCAGCCAUCCCCAACUCUUUUCCUCCAAAGUUAAGGCAUACUUCACUUUCCCCACCAGGCAUGCCUGUCCUCUAGGAACACAUGGGAUUCAGGGUUCUGCCCGUGUUACUGAGAUAUCUGUACCUUUUGUUCUCAGCCCUCCUGGCUGUCACACAGCACUACACCUAGAUCUUGUCCUCACCUGGACAGGCAGCAGCGAGUGACCUCUGGGUUUAUUUUAGAUCUAGCAGCCAGUCUGGAUGGUGAACCUGCUGCCAUGGCUGCUGCACCUCCACUGUUUGGCUAUAGAUGGGUAUUUGGGAUCUGUUUGGGAUAGGGUCAUGCAAGGGAAAGGAGCUGUCAUGCCAUGAUGAGGUCCUCUUGAAGCAGCAGCAGUCUGUGACUGUUCCUGUUCUGUUACUCAACCAACAACUGGAGCACAUCAGACACCAGUGCAGAUUGUUGUCAGUUCCUUCCUUCUCCACCUGUUUCCUGUGGUGGUCUGGGCCCAUUGUGGGCACAGCAGAUCCAACCCCUGAGCUCAACUGCAGUGGGGAAGCAGCUGCCAGCCCAGCCCAUGGUUCAGCAGCAGAAAGCUGCCUGAGCUGGUGACCAUGAGCACUUUGAAGCAGUGACUUGCCAGAGUCUCCUGGUCAAGGCACCUUCCUGAAGGAUUUUUUUUUCUUUUUUCUUUUUUUUUUUUCCCUGUGUGCACGCACUUAAUUUCACUCCUCAGGAGCUGGGAGAUUGUGCUCCAGCACUACUGCACUUGAGGCAUUGGAGAAGCACCCACUUAGCAUCCAUGUGGAGUCAGGGAGGGUCUGUCAGUCCUUCCAGGCAGCACAGGGAGCUGGUGGUGCCAGGCUUCCCAGGGAAGAGAUGGGCUGAGCAGUCAGCUCUGCCACAAGUAGAGAUGGAGACAAAACUCUGCUUUGCUCUUGCUCAGUAUGACUGCAUCCCUUUCCCUGACCCAAGCCAGGAUCUGUCCUUCUCCAUGUUGAACCAGAGAACAGCAGGUGAAUCUCAACAUGUUUGCACAGUGCUUUCUGCACAGUGCUCUCCACCGAGGGCUGCACCUGCAGCCCCAGAUCCCAGCUCCCUCUGCCUGCUAUUCCCAGCUGCUUUUGGGAUGCUCUGGAGCUGCACAAAACCCUUCUCAUGUCACAGCUGGGAUCUUGGAGGGCUCACCCUGCUCAUGGUGCUCUGGAGGAAGCAGAGCUUGGCUGUGAAGGAAGACCUGGGUCUGCAGAGCUCUGGCAGCACCAGUCUGGGGGGGGAUCCAUCCCUACAGCAGCUCCAACGCUGCUCUGGAUCCAGGAGCCCUCCUGCCCGGCACAACGGGGUCUGGCAGCGGGGCAGCCCCUCAGCUGGGGUGCUGGGAGGCAGAGGCAGGGCAGUGCCACCACAGGGGUGACUCAUGGCUGGUUUGUGGCAUUGCUGGUGCUGAAUGAGUGAACAAAUGGCUGACUGACUGACUGAAUGAAUGGAUCCCUUUGAGCGAGGAGCAGCGACAGCGUCUCCCAAAGCCAAAGAGCCACAGGGGCAGAGGGGUGAGGUGGCUGCUGCAGGGCAGGGGAAGGGCAGGCAGGGCCCUUCUGUUCCACAGAUUAUUAAACCUCUUACUCACCAGAGAAAAUUGUGGUUGGUGGUGUAGGGACAACUUCCUCUGUCCUGGCUGCAGCCAUCCUAUAGCCCUGCCAGCCAGGGGCAGGGGAAGAAAACCCUUCAGGGCCCAGCUGGGGGUGCAGGGUACAGAGGAGCUCUGAGAGCUCCCUGCUUUGCCUACCCUUGACUUGGCAGCUCUUAAUCCCAUGGGAAGGUGGUCAGCAGGAGCUGGCCAAGCUGCCCACCCACCCGGGGGAGAGGGCAGACUGCUGCUGGGAGCUGCUUGGACCUGGUGAAUCCUCCCCUUGGCCCAAAAAGUCUCUUUUGUUUCCUCUGAUCAUAAUCAACAGCUUUUGCACAGGUUCCUGGGGUUUCCUGCUGAGGUGUGAGCCAUCUGGAAUAGGGCACUGCUGCUGCUGCCCCUGGCAUCACUCGCUCUCCAUAGCUGCCUGUCCCAAACUGAGGCGUGCACAGAGGUUUACAAGUUUUCUAAAGCUUUUGAUAAUGUGAAGCUCCUGGGUGAUGAGGUUGGUGGUGAGCACACUGCAACUAUGUAUUUCUUUUUUUUCUUUUUUUUUUCUUUUUUUUUGUGUAUGUAUGUAAUAUUUAAGGGUAACAAAAUUUAAAAGGCUGAAAACCUUAAAAAAAAAUUAAAAACACACAAAAAAAGCCAAAGCAUGAUGCAUAUUGUUAGCCUUAAAACUGGCUACACGACUGUGUGAUGUACAAAUGAGAGCAGCCUGUAACUGUUUUAAGUGCUGGGGUUGGGGAAGAAGCAUUACAAAAUCAGUUUGUAGCCUUGAUUCUGUACAGUAUUUAAUGAGAAAAAAAAAAAAAAGACCUGACUAUUGAGGCCAUGCUUAGAGGUGUGUUGUUCACGUGCAGAUGUGGGUGCUUGGUUGCUUACAAUAUAUGUAUAAAGUGCUGUGUGACCAUUAAAACUUUUUUUACCUGCAGAAUUUUUUGUUUUGUUUUGGCUAACCAAGGUGUAAUAAAGGAGGGAAGAUGACUUGCCAUUAAAUUCAGCCUCUGUGAGUA